AGUUUUUCAAUUUAUCUGAUAUAAGGAAAAGCAGAAGAAUUAAUCAGCAGUAAUUGCUUCAUCCCUCCCAUCAAAAGUCAAAGAAACCAUCGAGUGCACGGAAAGAAAGCAAGAAAAAUGGAAACCGUAUCAUCAGCUUACACAUGCAACUCAUGCCAAAUCCAAUUUUCACUUUCUGAGGACCAAAGAUCGCAUAUGAAAGGAGAAUGGCACAGAUAUAACUUGAAGAGAAGAGUGGCACAAUUGCCUCCUUUGUCUGAGGAGCUGUUCAACACCAAGGUCACCACCGUCAGUGAACAGAAAAAGGAGGAGAUGGAGGCUGAUGGCAAAAUGGAGAAGUUGGGCAAAGGCAUGCAAAACCUCGAACUUAGUACGAAGCAACAGCGCAGAAAGCAACGUGAAGAGUUACUCGAGAAGAAAAGGAAGCUUUUGGAGCUCGCUAAGAAUAGGCUAGUCAGUAAUGGAGGUAGAGUCAGGAUUGGAGAAGAUGGAAAAAUAGUAGUUGAGAAGAAAGUAGCCACACAGGAAGAGGAGCGUCUCAAGGAAGAGGUUGAAGAAGCUGUUCGUCAGGAAAACGAAAAUGUUGUGGAUGAGGAGACGUUGAUCAAGGAAAAACUUGCGAAGAAGGUGGAUGUUCCAGUGACGAAGUGUAUUUUUUGCAAAAACGAGGAAUUUGAAAACGUUGAUGGUACCUACGAGCAUUUGUUCAAGAAGCAUGGUCUUUACGUUCCAGAAAAGGCAUACCUAGUUAACAAGGAAGGACUCCUCUCCUACCUAUACGAGAAGAUUGGCUACGGUAACGUGUGUUUAUCGUGUAGCUUUCAGGGAAGAAACUUUCAGAGUAUCAUCCAGCACAUGUUGAGCAAAAACCAUAUUAAGAUACCGUAUGAGGCAGAGGACGAGAAGUUGGAGAUCAGUGAUUUCUACGACUUCUCCAAAACAUACGAGGUGGAUGACACCGGUGCAGAUGGAAAUGAAGAGGAGUGGGAAGACGUUGCGGAAGAAGAUUUGGAGAACGACGAGGACAUUGACGGCGAAAAGCUUUAUGCGUCCGAAUACGGGUUGCAUUUGCCUAACGGAGUGGUUCUUGGACAUCGGUCACUUGUCAAGUACUACAAACAGAACUUGAAACCUGAGAAGGAGUGGACAGAGGCAGAGGGUACAGUGAUGGCUGCAGAAACGAGGAACUUUGUAAAGACGAUUGAUUCGAAGGCGAUUGCGCAACAGAAACGGGUGUGGACCAGGGAGGCCAAGAGCAAGGACAGGAACGACAGACGGGCCCAAAAGUUCAUCAACUGGCAACCGCAUUACAGAGACGAAUUGCUACAGUAGGUAAAUACUGAGCUGUGCCUAUGCAGUAUUAUAUAUUUCAGAUAACUGAAUAAACAAGUGCGUCAAGUGAGUAGUUAGUUUAUCCGUAAGUUAUGCCCGGAGAAAAAAGGGCCACGCCG